UCCACCACCAAGAACAGAACUCAUGUCCGAUAUUAUAUCUGAUAAGGUCUAUUAUUAUAGUGGAUUUGGAGCUAUCGGCACAAUGAAUUAUUUUUUUUAUAUUGACUUAACGCAGCCAUUUUAUAGUUUUUCACCUCCAUAUCAAUACAUAAAAUAUUUAGAUUAUAGAGGUGGUGCUAGUGCCAACUCUGAUACAAAUAAUAUAUAUCUUUUUAGUGGUUAUGGUAAUUCUGAUGACCCACCUCCUGGUGAACUUUAUAUAAUUCAAUCACUUUCAACGGAUCCGGUAAUAAAUUAUAUUCAAGAUACGAAUUCAACACCUUCUUCGAGAAAAUAG